CGCUGCUGGGCGCUCGGCGCCUCGGCGGCCCCUGGCUCGGCUGCCUCGCGCGCACGCGGGGUGCGGGGCCUGGGGCUGGCUGCGCGAAGCGCUUCCUCUGCUCUUUCCUGUCUCACAGGGGUUGCUGAGCUAACUCCAAGCUGGUGUAUAAAGUGUCCAAGCAGCUGCUGGCCCAAGAGCUGGAGUCAACAUGGCGGCCGGAGUUGCGGCCUGGCUGCCCUUUGCCCGGGCUGCAGCCAUUGGGUGGAUGCCAGUGGCCAACUGCCCAAUGCCCCUCGCCCCUGCCGAGAAGAACAAGCGACAGGAUGAGCUGAUCAUCCUCAAUGUGAGCGGGCGGCGCUUUCAGACCUGGAGGACAACGCUGGAGCGCUAUCCAGACACACUGCUGGGCAGCACUGAGAAGGAGUUCUUCUUCAAUGAGGACACCAAGGAGUACUUCUUUGACCGGGACCCUGAAGUGUUCCGCUGUGUGCUGAACUUCUACCGAACGGGGAAGCUGCACUACCCGCGCUACGAGUGCAUCUCGGCCUAUGAUGAUGAGCUGGCCUUCUAUGGCAUCCUGCCCGAGAUCAUCGGGGACUGCUGCUACGAGGAGUACAAAGACCGCAAGAGGGAGAAUGCCGAGCGCCUCAUGGAUGACAACGACUCGGAAAACAACCAGGAGUCCAUGCCCUCACUCAGCUUCCGCCAGACCAUGUGGCGGGCCUUUGAGAAUCCCCACACCAGCACACUGGCGCUGGUCUUCUAUUACGUGACUGGAUUCUUCAUUGCUGUCUCUGUCAUCACCAAUGUGGUAGAAACAGUGCCAUGUGGCACGGUACCAGGGAGCAAAGAGCUGCCCUGUGGGGAGCGCUACUCGGUGGCCUUCUUUUGCUUGGACACAGCCUGUGUCAUGAUCUUCACGGUGGAAUACCUGCUCCGGCUCUUUGCAGCACCCAGCCGCUACCGCUUCAUCCGCAGUGUGAUGAGUAUCAUUGACGUGGUGGCCAUCAUGCCCUAUUACAUUGGCCUAGUCAUGACCAACAAUGAGGAUGUGUCCGGGGCCUUUGUCACACUCCGGGUCUUCCGAGUCUUCAGGAUCUUCAAGUUUUCGCGCCAUUCCCAGGGCCUGCGGAUCCUGGGCUAUACCCUGAAGAGUUGUGCCUCUGAGUUGGGCUUUCUCCUCUUCUCCCUCACCAUGGCCAUCAUCAUCUUUGCCACUGUGAUGUUUUAUGCCGAGAAAGGCUCCUCUGCCAGCAAGUUCACAAGCAUCCCAGCCUCUUUCUGGUAUACCAUUGUCACCAUGACUACACUGGGAUAUGGAGACAUGGUGCCUAAAACAAUUGCAGGAAAGAUCUUUGGUUCCAUCUGCUCCCUGAGUGGCGUCCUGGUCAUUGCCCUGCCAGUCCCUGUGAUUGUUUCCAACUUUAGCAGGAUUUAUCACCAGAAUCAGAGAGCUGACAAACGCAGAGCACAAAAGAAGGCCCGCCUUGCCAGGAUCCGUGUGGCCAAAACAGGAAGCUCCAACGCCUACCUGCACAGCAAGCGAAAUGGGCUCCUCAACGAAGCACUGGAGCUGACGGGCACCCCAGAGGAGGAGCACAUGGGCAAGACCACCUCGCUUAUUGAGAGCCAGCACCAUCAUUUGCUGCACUGCCUGGAAAAGACCACUGGGUUGUCCUAUCUUGUGGAUGAUCCCCUGUUAUCUGUACGAACCUCCACCAUCAAGAACCAUGAGUUUAUCGAUGAGCAGAUGUUCGAGCAGAACUGCAUGGAGAGCUCGAUGCAGAACUACCCAUCCACGCGAAGCCCCUCGCUGUCCAGCCACCCCGGCCUCACUACCACCUGCUGCUCCCGCCGCGGCAAGAAGACCACGCACCUGCCCAAUUCUAACCUGCCAGCCACCCGCCUGCGCAGCAUGCAAGAGCUCAGCACAAUCCACAUCCAGGGCAGCGAGCAGCCCUCCCUCACCACCAGUCGCUCCAGCCUUAAUUUGAAAGCAGAUGACGGACUGAGACCAAACUGCAAAGCGUCCCAGAUCACCACGGCUAUCAUCAGCAUCCCCACACCCCCAGCACUGACCCCCGAGGGGGAGAGCCGGCCGCCCCCCGCCAGCCCAGGCCCCAACACGAACAUUCCUUCCAUAGCCAGCAAUGUUGUCAAGGUCUCUGCCUUGUAAAACUACCGGACAGAGGGCCAGGGUAGCGGGGAGUGAAAGGGGGCUGGCAUGUUGGCGAGUGGCCACAGGACCACUCCUUCCCCUUUCCCCACGAUUUCUCCCUGGCCAUGGCACCCCUAGCACUGAGUCUUGUGCCUGGGAGGGAAGAGAGAUAGCAAGGGGCACCUAAGACUCCCGCCGCCGGCGUGGACACUGCCCUGUGAUACUGCUUUUCACUGAGGCCAGAUAGGAGGGAGGGUGGGUAGGGGAUGGGUCAGUAGUGGGCAUAGGCUGCCGGCCAGGACAGGCCUGGAGGGG